AUGUGGAAUGCAAGGGCUCAAAACCAAGCAGCAGCAGAAAGAAUAUCUAUGCCUAACGACACCUGGUUCCAUCCUUCUUCAUUCCUUUUGCUGGGCAUCCCAGGGCUGGAGCAUGUGCAUGUAUGGAUUGGUUUCCCCUUUUUCUUUGUGUAUCUUGUUGCACUCCUGGGGAAUGCUGUUGUCCUGUUUGUGAUCCAGACUGAACAUAGUCUCCAUGAGCCCAUGUACUACUUCCUGGCUAUGCUGGACUCCAUCGACUUGGGCCUGUCCACAGCUACCAUCCCCCAAAUGCUGGGAAUUUUCUGGUUCAACCUCAGGAAUAUACCUUUUGGAAGCUGCCUUUCCCAGAUGUUCUUCAUCCACUUCUUCACUGCUAUGGAGAGCAUUGUGUUGGUGGCCAUGGCCUUUGACCGCUACAUUGCCAUCUGUAAACCACUUCGAUAUUCCAUAAUCCUCACCAGCAAAGUCAUCAGCAUUAUUGGAGGCAUUGCCAUUCUGCGGAGCCUGUACAUGGUGGUCCCACUGCUGUUUCUCCUCCUGAGACUGCCCUUCUGUGGGCAUCAUAUCAUCCCUCAUACCUACUGUGAGCACAUGGGCAUUGCCCGUCUGGCCUGUGCCAGCAUCAAAGUGAAUAUAUUGUUUGGCCUUGGCAACAUUUCUCUCCUAUUACUGGAUGUGCUCCUAAUUAUUCUCUCCUAUGCCAGGAUCCUCUAUGCAGUCUUUUGCCUGCCUUCCUGGGAGGCUCGACUGAAAGCCCUCAACACCUGUGGAUCCCACAUUGGUGUUAUCUUAGCCUUUUUCAUACCUGCCUUUUUCUCUUUCUUGACACAUCGCUUUGGCCACAACAUUCCCCGAUACAUCCACAUUCUCUUAGCCAAUCUAUAUGUUGUUUUCCCACCAGCCCUCAAUCCUGUAAUCUAUGGGGUCAGGACCAAGCAGAUUAGGGAGCGGAUGUUUCUCCUUUUCUCCCCAUUGACACCCUCUUCCGACUGCCCCCACUGCAUCCCCAGCUUUAGGGCUUUGAAAGCCUGUGGCUCAGAGUUAAGUGGCUGCAACCAGCAGAAAGGUACCACGUCUUCCCGAAUGUGCAAGAAUAUCCUUGUUGGUAGGGAGUUUCUAGUCCCAUGA